GCACCUUUCCACCUUUUUUUCCAGGCGCUAGCCAUAUGUAAUUCGUAAUUCAUACACAUAUUUUCGUUUUGUGCUUUUUUUCUGGUUGUCUGUUUUCUUUCUAAUUAUUCGAGUGAGAAGAAAAGUAAACUAUCAACAUUCAAAUCAAACAAAUGUUUUGUUCGAGAUACCAUUUUCUUGUGCAGUGGGUGUCGUGGUAACGAGUAAAUGUAAUUUUCAAAUAAAUGGUGUACGUACAAUCGUCAUCCGUGUAAUACUCGAGGUUAUCCUAAAUUCACUGUAUCAAGUAAACCUUGGAACGUAAAACAUUUGUUGGAAAAUUUACUAGAAUGCCUGCGUCUGUCGACUAUUAUCGUGUGCUUGAAAUCACUAAAACCGCAAACGUAAAUGAUAUCAAAAAAGCGUACAGAAAAUUAGCUUUGAAAUGGCAUCCUGAUAAAAAUCCCGAGAACGCAGAUGAGGCUAAUAAAAAAUUCAAAGAAAUUUCCGAAGCUUACGAAGUCCUGUCCGACGAAACGAAGAGAGCAAAAUACGAUCAACAUUUGAGGAGUAAAGAAAACACUAGUAACAGGAACAAUAACACUUUUCACGCGUUCAAAAAAUUCUUCAACGGUCCUCCUUCUUUUCAUCGAUUUUAUUAUAAUAACGAUAAAAAACGUAAAAUAUACGACCAGUACGGCAAAGAAGGAUUGAUAAAUGGCGGCGGACGUUCGAGCAACCGCAGCAGAAACAGACAAUACGCCGAAAGCGCAGACUUCGAUUUCGUUAGUUUUCCAUUUUUCGCAUUUAGAGAUCCUGAAGAAGUAUUCAGAGAGUUUUUCGGUUCUUGCGACAUAUUUGAAUUAGGCGGUUUCGGUGGUAACCGAGGAUCUCGUUAUAAUAAUGGUAACACUACGCAGCUCAGUUCCAUAUUCAGUCCAUUCGGUGGCAUGAGUCCAUUCGGCAUCGCCACCAAUUUCGACGAUAUGUUCUCGACGAACGGUAAUUCCCAUUUUACCUCGUUUAGCUCGAGCAGUACGUUCGGUGGCGGUGGCGGCGGCGGAGGAGGAGGAGGCGGUAAUGUUAAGAAAACUUCAACAUCCACUAGGUUCAUUAACGGAAAGAAAGUCACUACUAAAAAAAUUAUCGAAGGAGAUAGAGAGACUGUCAUGCGUUACGAAAACGACGUACUAACAUCAAAAACAGUGAACGGUGAACCUCAAGCGCUUACGUACGGAUAAACUACUCGUACGCGAAUUUGAAGCAGAGCCGGCGACGAGCGCGCGAGAUUUCGAAUUAUAUUUUUGUUUGUUUUUUUUUUCUAUCUAAAGAAAUUUCUGUUUCGUAUUCGUUAUUUACUACCUACAAUUUUACUACUACCUACUACCAUUUUUACUAGUACUACUACCAUUUUACCGCUACUGUUUAAUACUGUUGCCACUAUCUUUCUUUUCUUUUUUUUUUCUUUUUUCGUUAACGAUAUUACUACCGAUAAAAUACGUAAAUGGCGUGGCAGUGUUGAAGAUAAAACCACGAAAAAAAAACACGAUAAAUGUAUACGCUCGAAAUGGUGGUUAUUUUUGACAUUUUUUCCCUCGGAUUUUGAUUUUUGACUUUGGGGUUUUGGAUUUGAAAAUGAAAGUACAUAUUUAUGAUAAAAAUGUAGGCAUUGGGUACCAUCGAUGAUCGCUGAUUUGUCGCUCAACUCGAAUAGCUGUUACCAACCGUUUAUCUCGUUACGAUUUAUUCGAUAUAUAAUUUUAAUAUUUACCUAGACAGAUUCUCUCGUUCGUUCAUUUUUUUCUUUUUUUUUUUAUUUAUAAUUCAAUUUGAUUUUUCCUCAUUUUCUUUUCUCGCCUUCUACCUCGUCCUUUGAUUAUUUACAUGCUUGAAACGGUAAGUUAUAUAAAUUCUUCGUUUUUUUUUGUUUUUUUUUUUUUUUUUGAUCUAAUGGUACAUAAAAUGAUCAUUAUGUUCGUUGAUUUGUUUGAUUGAAAAGCAAGUGAAUAAUUUUUUGGGUUUCUUCCGGUCUCUGAUUUCUCUACAAUACUGCAAUAUAUCGGUUUUUUGGAUUUCAUCCUCGUUGGUUUUUUAACGCGUGUAACAAAUUAAUGUAAAUCGAACAUUCGAAUUUUAAAAUUUACACCAUAAGGUUUUUUUAAUACGAUUGGCGUAAUUUAAUGAAAAUAUAUAGUGUAAUUACCCGUUUAUUUCUCUCUCUUGUUUUUUUUUUUUUUGUAAACAAAAAUAAUAUUAUAAUCAUGUAAUAUAAUGCGAUUAGUUAGAGUCGUACAAGUAAUGUGCUCAUUGCCAAUUUAGUGUACGUUUAUGUUAAAAUAUCUAUACUAUAAUUUUUCACUAGCAAAUCCAAUAAAAUAAUUUCAUACGGAGAAUUAA